GUGGAACGAAAAAAAAAAUGUUUUUUCGUGUUUGUGUUAUCAUCAUUAUCAGAGUGCACAGUAAAAUUGUCCAGUAAUUCCAGACAGCUUAGGGAAGCAUUUUAUCAGUGCGUGUUCGUUCGAGUGCGGGAGUGAAAAAAUUAUAUUUGUUUCGAUCGAAAUUCCGGAGUGCGUCGAAAAUAAUUACUGCAAAAGUCCCGUUAUGUUUGAAAACCUGCCAACAGCAAGAUGUUCAAAAUCGAAUCCUACAUUACGCCCAUCAUUUUGAGCUACGUGGAAAAGUACGUCAAGAACAUCCGGCCGGAAGACUCGCAGGUGUCGCUAUGGGGCGGGGAGGUCGUGUUCCAGAAUCUGGACCUGAAGCUGGACGUGCUGGAAGAGGAGCUGGCACUGCCGUUCCAGUUCCUGUCCGGACACAUUCACGAGCUGGCGAUUCGGGUACCAUGGACAAAGAUCGCAUCGGAGCCGAUUGUUAUUACGAUCAAUACGAUUGAAUUUGUGCUGAAGCUGCAGGAACCGGGCAAUCGGACCGCUCCUCGGAGAGAUGCCAACAAGAAGAGUAAGAAUUCGGAUGAAGCCCCACCUCCGGGCUACAUGGCAUCGCUAAUCAACCGGAUCGCAAACAAUAUCACGAUUCGUUGUCACAAUGUGAUUCUGAAGUACGUGGAGGAGGACAUUGUGGUGUCGAUGAACAUCCAACAGCUGUCGAUGGAAUCGGCCGACGGCAAGUGGAACCCUGCCUUCAUCGACAUUUCGCCGACGAGAAUUUCCCUGAGGAAGUUGAUCAACAUUGUCGAUUUGACCAUCUGCUUGGACAAACGGAACUCAGCCGGGAAGAUUGAGGUCUGUCAGGAGCCGGUGUUGUACCGGAGCACGCUGCAAGCACGGGUACUGAUGAAGUACAGCAAUGUUCCGACCCAGGAUCGGUCGUCGAUCACGAGGAUUGACAUCCAUAGCAAAUUCUUGGAUUUCAAUGUUUCCUCGCAGCAGUUUCCGAUGUUGAUGCGACUGUUUGAGCUGGGGUUGGCGCUGAAGCAGGGGAGGAUUAAGAGCGAAAUUUCCCUAGGGCAGGAGUCCGGUGCGGAGGGUGAAGGAGAAGCUGGACAGGAGUCGCUGCUGACCUGGGCUUGGAAUCUGCUACCAUCGUUCUUCCCGGAGGAGAACGAGAGCGAUCAUACGGAGGAUCAUGAGUUCCAUGUUUUCCAUGCCGGGUGCUACGUGGAUCGGAUGAGGAUGAUCUUCAAGACGCAGGAAUUCGUUGGAGAUAGUGUGGUCGGGACGGCUAGAAAGAUCAAAUACAAUCCUUUUCUGCAGUUGGAUUUGGACGGAGUUCACGGUGAGGUGGUGAUCUGCGGGUUGAAGUGGUUCAAUGUCAGCGGGGGAAUUGCCAGGAUAGGAUUGCAAGCACUGGAAGAUUGCCCGUGUGGACAACCGCUGACGAUUCGGGAAAUAUUCCAGAGCGAAACUCAACUGACGAGGGACGAGCACAUUAAAGGUUCUUUCUUUGACGAUAGCUCCGGAGAGAGUCGGAAGUACAACGUCAAUUGGAACUAUCAUUUGGGGACCUACUCUCAGGAUGUGCUGCUCAAGAAGUCUCCCGCAAUAGCGAUGGAUAUCGUCCAUGAAGUGCAGAUUCCGGACGAUCGGCGAACCUCCGAAUUUGGCAGCGAUUUGGAAUUCAGUAAUCUAUCGGAGAAGUACAUGAUUCGAGCAUUCCUGGGAAAGUUUCGACUGAAAAUUAGUGCAGAUACUCUGCAUCGCCUGAAAACGUUGAUUUCCUACAAGGAUGCAUACGAGUAUCCAGCUUAUUACGAGGAGAAACCCAUUCCUAGCCUGCAUCAACUGCUUCCGCCGUCGGCCGAAGACUACGAUGCUCUGAUGAAUGAAAUUCCGCUUAAGCAAGUCCACAUAACAAUCCUUACGCCAAUCCUGGAGCUUCAUCCGUUCGACCAUGGAAAGUUCCAGCUUGGAAGGAAACGUAGUUCCAGCAAGCUUGCCCAAUCUCCACAGACCCCCUUCCUCACUGCAGUCUUCAAUCGCGUCGAGUGCAACAUCCUAACACCUCUUUACCCAAGCAGACUGGUCUUCACGACCUGCCAACUACCGGAACCACCAUCCAAGCUCUUCGACAGCUGCUUCCAUUCAAUUUCCGGAAACCUGGAACGUCUUCAAGUCAAAUUACACUACAACGGUUCGGAAAUCCCCGUCGCCACUGCCAUCAAUCUGAAUCACCAACAUCGUUUCCUCAUCUUCCCGGAACUCUGGCCCAACACAGAACUCAACAAAGGCGAGCACAACUACGGCAUCUCGGACCUGAAGCUAGUGCUCAAUCCGUCGCAAUCCUCCGCCGUAUACUCCAUCCUUCAAACGCUCUCCAGCCAAACUCCCUUCUUUCAUCCAUCGCAGGAUCUCAUCCUCAACCUCACAUCCUCCACUUUGCCAACCCUAGAACUCACGAUCUCCCACGCCCACCUCCGUCAGGUCCUCUCCGAACGCACCUCUUCCCUCAAGCUCACCUCCCGCAGUCUUCGCUGUCUCUCCUACACCCCCAACAACUCAUCCACAGAACGCUCCCUGACGGCCCUCUGGCCGGACCACCCCACCGACGAAGACUUCCUCACCAUCAUCAUGCAGCUGCCCAUCGAUCGUCAGCUGACCUCCCUCGAGCAUCCUCCCAUAUUCUACGGUCGCUUCCUCGAUCUCAGCCUGAACGUCGAUCCUACCCUGUACGAAUUCCUACGAAUCCUGCCGGAAAACCUUUCCGCCUGCCGGGACGAUCCUUUGUCCCGUGCCCACGCCCGCCACUCGCUUAGCCCUCGGAAAUCCGUCGAACGCAUGCUGCCGAAGCCAAAGUCCUCGCAACCCAUAACGUCUGUCCAUUCUAGCUCGGACAAGGUCGAGGGGGCCAUUCCGGCGCCACUUCCACCCAAUGUCGGAUCGACCGUCGCGGAAGACGACACGGAAAAGGACGAAUCGGUUGCGAUCCACCACAGCCAGACCGCACUGGUCGGGGUGGAGUUUUGGAAGCAGCUUUCCCGGAGGAUCAUCUUCCACCUGGAGUUCCGCCACUGUACGGUGUACUUCCCGGAGAGGAGCAUCGAGCAGCAGGAGCCGGUCAGUGACCGGAGGCAACACCCUCCCGAGGAGGAGUUUGGCGAUAAUGAGAUUGUGAUGCUGAAGCUGCCGCUCAUCACGAUCAACUCGGCGUUCAAAUCGACCAGCCUGUCGGCCGGUAUCAACCGGUUCCCCAUCAGCCUGGCCAAAGCCGUCUGGCCGGACGACCGGGAGAGCUUCCCCUGGACCGUCUCGCUGGCCAACACCUCCAGCUGGACCUACCAGAACCGUCAGAUGAACAAACUACUCGACGAAACGACCACCAACAUUUCGCUGGUGCUGAACUUCAAACACGACGGUAUGGCAUCGUCCGCUUGCUUCCAUGUAGACACCUCGCCACUGAAGUUGAACGUGUUAAAGGAACAACUGUCACUGCUCACCACAACCCUUAACCGAAUUCUCUCCCUACCGAUGCUCCAAAGUCACUCGGACGCAAGAGGCAAGCACCGGGAACCGCAGAUCUUGGAGAUUUCCCAGAAAUCCGGUAGCGCUGCGACGGCGACCGACUUGAAGGAGUUCCUAGACAUGACCCAUAACUCCAGUGGAGCUUCCGAAGAGACGUUAAAGGAGGCUGGCAAAAAGGACGCGCUUCCGGUGUCGAUCUGGCUGCAGUGGACCUUCUCCAAGGUGACGGUAAACUGUAUCGGCAAGGACGAGAUCGGACAGCUGAAGAUCAGACUUACCAUCGAGUUGGAGGAUAUCAUCUACAGCUUGGACAAACAGGACGUGUAUCUCCAGAUCAAGGCCAAGGUCGGAGGCAUGAGCGGUCAAUGCUACGAAUUUGACGUCGAAAAAGGAGUUUGGGCAAAGAAUGAAGCCCUGGCACUGUCCGUGCAGACGGACUCGGGUGGCUCGAGCAAGUCAGCAAACGAUACAUUCCUGAAUCUGACAAUCACGAAGGCGGAAACUACCAACGUUCACACCAAGUGGGACGCGGUGAGGAAGAAUCGAGAACAGAAUGACACUCUGAUCGAGGUGAUUGUGAAAGUUGAACAAGUCGAUCUACGACUGGACUUGGAUCUACUGGAACAGUGCGCGGAUGUUUUGACGAUUUUCCAACAGAAAGACGAUGCGGAGGUUCCUCCUCGGAAGGUCCUAGGAGUGAGAGAUCUCCCGCUAAUCCUGUUCUCAAGCAAAGGACUUCGGUUGUUCAUCCCCCUCCGGGAUUGCUCUGAUCACUGCAACGCUUACAUCUUCAAAAUCAACUCCAUUACCAUGCAUCAUAACGUGGAGAACCCGAUCUGUCGGGUUCCCCUGCGCCCGGACGUCUACACAAAAGCAGCCCAAAUGCGAAUCCUGAACGUUCCCGGUUCCAAAAUCGAAGAUCGCCAGUACGAAAUCCUACUGAAGGAGAUCUCUCUCAGCACUGCAUGUUGGUCGGACAUUCUGGCGUACAUCCAAGAGCAAACAUCCUCAACGACGCAUCACGAUAAUCCCGCCUUUGAGUGGAACAACCUUCAGGACGUACAACGCUCGUCCGACUUUGAAGUUAACACGAUCUUCAAAGAGUUCAACUUUUCCGUCAUCUACGCGCCUUGUAUCAUUUACAAGAAUGUCCUCAUCUGUAGCCAAGCUAUGGAACUAAACUGCAUGUCAGAUCUGCUGAUGGAUUUGGACCUGGAUCAGCUGCGACUAGCCGGCAACAUCUCCCGAAAGAUCAGCAACAUUCUUCAAACGAUCGCUCCUUCCAGUCAACACAGUUCCUCCUCGAGAAGCAGUGUGAUCGAGUUCAAUCCAGCUCUGUUCAGCAGUCAACUCAGCCAAGAUACAAUCAGUAUCGAUUCGGUUAGGUCGUUGCGGGAAUCGGAACUGCCACGUACUCGCCGCAGUUAUUCCAAGUUGUCCAGGUUCGAAGAAGACUCCGGAGUCGAUUCAUACAGGGCAUCGGAUGCUAAGCAAGCUGCAUCCAGCAGUAGACGCAGCGCUGGGGGAGGCUCCCGACAAAGGAAGUUCUCCAGUAGGUCUUCCGAGCAGCUGAAGUCGUCGCUUGGACCGUCCGUUGAAGAGCAGGUCGUUCCGUACGAAGUGUGCUUCUUGGGCGGAUACUUCAAAGUUAAUCUCUACGACAAGAAAACGAAACAGCCGGAGGACUCCAAAGUAUUGUUCCGAAUGGUGAUGGCUCAACCGAAUGGGCUACUGUCGUUGAACCUUCUGGAACGGGUCGUUCAGUUGUCUCUGUUCGACUUGAUCAUUGAGCUGGAUGGACUAUCUUUGCUGAAGACGCUUUCCGGUGAACCGGACGAUCUUGGAAUACCUCAGCCAAUCAUCAAGACCCGUUUCGUGAACAGUAUGCUGAAAAAGAACAACGAAUUGAGUGUGGAGUUCAAGCGACCGAUCAAGUUGACGAUCUCCCAUCAGAAAUUGAAAGUUCUGCAAGAUCUUGCCGAUAUUUUGGCGGGUGCUGUGGGUGGAUCUCAGCACAACAAUCGUCCCCAAAGGCACGCUAGGAAGCUACCCAAGCCUAUUCUUAGUCGCAACAAGUUCAAAAUGAUCAAGUCAAACAUGUACGACGUGGAGAAAGUCAGCGUGCGGCUGUCUCAAACAAUGAUCCACAUUCUGGAUGAAGAUCAGCAAGUUUAUAACUGUAAACUGUCACUGUCAUCGAUUCAGUCUAUCCUUCGGGUUCAGGAGCGCCCGGCUCGUAUGUCGUUUAACCUGGACCUCGAAGAGUUGAUCUUUUGCCAAGGUUCUUUCGUGAUCAUGCAUCCAUUUUCGUUCAGUCUACAAGCGACCCUAACCCAGGAAUACUGGAAACGGGAUCCGUCGAUCCAGAUGAAGUUGCACUCGAGCUACCUACAGCUAGAUUUCAAUCCGAACAACUUGGUUGAGGUUCAAAGGAUGUUCGAUCUUCUGAACGGCGUUCUAUCAACGAAAUCUUCAAACGAGAGUGAACACCGACCAUCGCUAACGGCUAGCGAUAAUCAGACGCCCAGUCAGGAGAACUUGAUCCCGCUGGCGACGCCCGGUUUCUCCCAGAAAGAUUCCAAAGGGGUUCAGGAAGAGCACUACCAAGAUGAUCUUCGGGCAGGUGCCUUUCAGUUCAUCGAGACGAACAGGAGCAACGAGCUGCCGCUGCCUUAUCAGAUAAAGAUCAUCAACCGGGACGUCGGCAUCAUUUGCUGGAGGUAUCCGCAACCCAGGGCGUUGUACAAUGUAACCGUCAAUCCUGUGCCAAUGAACACCAGCAAACCCCUCAGAAUUCAGUGCAAGUUGGAGUACUUCUCCGAAAUCUACGGAGAUUUCUUCGAGCUGUGUGAGUUUACGUUGUCCGAAAACGAAAAGGUCGCAUUAAAGCUUCCUUCGCGGAAGAUUGCAUCCUCUAUCUGGCGAAUCGUGAUGACCCAGAACGUGAUCUACGAAGGUGGGGAAAACGACGAAUCGGCUAGUGAGGCAAUGGAUUCCACCGAGCAAGGCAAGUCCCUCAUCUCCAACAUUACCGAUGUCCUGAAGGAUACCUACCUGUCCUCGGGUCGUAUCGUCAGCCUUCCCUAUCGACUACAUCCGAAGAUCUUCGUAGCUUGCAUGCGAAUUGAUUCCAUGUUUAAUCCUAACCUAAUUCCGAAUGUGGAGUGCACCGUCGAGCUUCGGCCCGUUCAGAUCAAUCUGUUCAAUGUUACCAAUUUUACCAUGGAUUCCAAACUUCCGAAACCCUUCGAAGGCUACCGGCUGUGCAAGGAAACAAUCGAGUCCAGAAGUCACAAGUUCUUGAUGUUGAACUCCAAUCACCUUCGGAUUCGCACUGCCAUCUACGACAACUUUGACGUACAGGUCAGUGGAGAACUGAAUCUGCACUGCGACCUGCUAGACUACAGUCAUUACACCUUCGAGAACGUGUUGGAGUUGGUUAAUUUGAAGGCGAUCGCCACGAUAGAAGACGAUGCGCUAGAUGUCAGAGCUAUCUCGGAUGACAUUCUGGUACGUUAUGGUCCUUCGGUGGGCUACAACCUGGUCGUGGCGGAGAAGUUCUGGAACUCCCGGGAAGAUUCGGUGCUAAUGUAUGGAAAGUACAUCGUUUGCAAUCAUACGCACGUUGGUUUGAAGUUCGGUCAGUGCCAGACGGGGGAAUCGAUCUUCCUGGGUACGCAUGAACUGUGCCUGUACGUUUUCCGGAGUGGUCGGCAUAAACAGCAGUUGCAACUCGUGUUCAACGAGAACACCAAAGAUAUAUCUACGGAGCCAUUUUCCGUAGCGAAGGAAGGUCUGUUCUACGUUAAGGUUCUUCCAGUUUUCGAAGAAGAUGUGGAGGAUGAGAAGCUGUUUGUGGUGAGGAUCGAGAAUUUGAGCAAUGCUCAGAAGCGGAUCACCAUCGACGGUCAGAUCAACUUCUUCAACAUGACUUCGCAGCGAUUGAAGGUGCAGUACAGGUUCUACAAGGUGAUCCCAAAUAGCGAGAAGCACUACGUAUCGACGAGUUUCAUGAUCGGGGAGAACUCCAGUGCAAACGUGUUUGGUGCGGCGAACAACAAGAAUCAGCAGAGCUUCAAAAUUUCGAUUGAUGGUGAAAAGAAGGGCUGGUCCGGGGACAUUCCGAUGCGGGAGAUUAUGAACGGAUCUAAGCCGUAUCUGGUGAAGAUUCCAACGGGAAUGACCAAGGAGGGUUACCUAAGCUACUGGGUGAGGAUCAUUCGGGAGAAGAUCGGCGAGAAUGUCGAACUGAAGGAAGUGUUCAACGAGCGGGUUCUGGUGGUGGUUUGGCCACUUUUUAUGGUUCAAUCAAUGCUCACUGUGAAUACGACGGCAUUCGAGGAGAAGAUAGAUCAGACCUUCUCAAUCUACGGUCAAGGUGAACGAAAACAACUCGUUGUUUCCGGUACAAACUCCGACGAACAUGAACUGCUGUUCCGCAUGAAUUUCAACGCCCUGCACGGAGAAGACAAAAGAAAAGCGCUGCUGUCCUAUCGACUGAUCGAUGGGCGAUCGUUCUUCCAGGUUCCGGAACGGUUCAAAACAGUCGAAGCCGCUAUCGAAAUGCUCCAGAAGAAUCAUACCCUGAACUGGCCUUGCUCUCGGGAGGACGAACUCCGCUGGAAGCGGGAGAAUUCCAUCCAAGAAGCGACGCUCCCCCUCUACCACUGCUCGGCAGCUCACGAGUUGUCCUGCUGCUUGAUGUUGAGCAUCGCACCGUGGUGUUUGUUCAUCAACCAACUGGGCUGCCAGGUGCGAAUCAAGAACUACACAACUAACGAGUUGAACAUCGUCGAACCGAACAACAUUCUGAUGCCGCAGUACAUAGAGCUUGGAUUUACGCUCGAGUUGGAUGUUGGCAUGCAGCUGGAGUCCGAACUGAUAUACCUCAACGGAGACGUCAAGAAGCAAGUAUCGUACAGCGUCGUGCUACCGAAGGAGGGUUCGGUCGAAAUCAACUUGAGGUCCGACAAUGGGAUCACAAAUCUGAUUCUGACGUCCGUAACGGAAAACAACAUCCGAGUGCUGAUCCUCGCGUCGCAGUUUGUCGUGACGAACUAUUCCAGCUACGAUUUGCGCUGUUGGUCAUUCGGUGUGCUCACCAACGAACGGCUGGAUCAGGUUCGCCAGGACGACACCGGACCGCAUACUGCUUGCUACAGUCUUCCCCGGACCGAUAGAAAAUGUGAAAAUCCUCAAGGUACGGCCAUCACCGUCUUCAACAACCUGUCCAAGCACAAGAACAAACUCAAAUUCAACAGCUGCUACAACUGCUACCUAACGCUCUACCAGCACGAUGGCAACGAGUUCUCCACCCCAAUCUACCUUAAUCGCACGCUGUCGCGGAAAAGUUUCUCCGUCCAGUGCGACGACGAUCGGUACCUUCCCCUAUCGCUGUCGAUCGUCGCCCACCAAGGCCAACAGUACGUUUCGAUCUACGACGAUCCGUGUCCGUCGUUCUCGAUCGAGAACCGCACGGACUUCAACAUCUACGUGGCCCAGUCGGAUUCUGUGAAUGCGAGCAAAGCGGCCACGGCCGUUCCGGAGUGCGUGGUGGAGUCCAACUUUGUGUGGUAUCAAAUUGUUGGAUCGAGACAGACGGUGCACUAUACACCUCCGGCGCUGGAUGCCAUAUUUCCAGAGACGCAGGAGGUUGAGCUGGCACUGAUCUUUGCGUGCGUUAGUGGAAGCGCCAUUCGAUGGUCCCACCCGGUGAAGAUCGAUGAAAAUAAGAAUAUAUUCCUGAACAUUCCUCUGUACGGUGAUCUCAAACUGGCUGUGAAUAUUAAGAACCGUACUACCGACAUCCUGAUCGACUAUAUAAGUCAGGACCUGGAAUUCUCCGCCAAAGACAUCCGCACCCGGCUCCUGAAUCCGAUCGCGCUUCCAGCGGAUCAGGACUCCUCAGAACUACCGCAGAAACCUACACCCAAACCAGCGGCUUCACCUGUCGUAACCGGCGCGGACAGUCAACAGCCACCGCUGCGAUCCAAACGGAUAUCGUUCCGUGGGUUCUUUAAAUCGCUGAACCUAACCUUGUUCAACGAUCUGGACUCGAAGUGCUGCUCCAAGGUGGACCUGAUUUCGUUCAACUUCGAUCGAGUCGGAGUCGAGAUGAACACUGGUGGCGACAACAGUAAGGCUCUGGUUCAGUUCGUCAGCGUCCAGGUGGACAAUGAGUUGCACAGUACCGGGGAGUAUGACUUCCCGGUGAUCUUGUGCAGUGAGGAUCACGAGGCUAAACAAGCACAACCGGUGGUGAUUCCCAAUCAGUACCGGCUGGAGGAUUGUCUGCAGGAGCUGGCUUCGAAUGCGUUGUGUUCGAUCUAUGUCGAAAUGGACGCGGAAAGCUGGACGAACGUCGAAGGAUUGCGCUUCAAGAUCAACCCGAUCAGGGCGUACAUAGAGGAUACCUACAUCAACAUCCUGUUGGAUUAUUUGAUGGAGUGUCUUCCGGUGAAUUUGCUGUAUCAACCUGAACGGCCGGUUGAACGGAUAAAGUGCGCUCCUGGUCAAGUCCUCGUCCCAAAACUGGUCACGCAGCAGUCUUCCUACCUGGCUGAUCCGAUCAAGUUCCGCUACAUUCGAAUUGAGCCAUUGCACGUCCUGCUUUCCGUCCACACCUGUAUGCGUCUGUACAUAGCCUUGGAUCAUAGCCCGCUGGACUUCUCCGCUUUCGAACGGAAUCACAUUCGAUCACUACCGAUACGGUUCGGUAACUCACUGGGAAUGCACUACCUAUCGGGGGCCAUCUUCGGGGGCGGUUGGGUCAUUGGAUCGCUGGAAAUACUCGGAAGUCCCAGCGGCUUGGCACGAUCGGUGACCAGUGGUCUGCGGGAUUUUGUGUCACUUCCCGUGCAGGGACUAUUCCGGGGACCAUGGGGAUUCUUAGUGGGAUUGACCCAAGGAUCCACGUCGCUUGUAAGAAACAUUACAGCAGGAACGGUCAACUCCGUCACUAAGCUGGCAACGUCCGUAGCCAGGAACUUAGAUAGGUUAACGUUGGAUAAUGAGCACGUCCAGAGAACGGACGCCUUGCGAAGGAGACGACCUCAAGGGAUGACCGAAGGAUUCACACAGGGUUUAACGGGGCUGGGUAUCAGUAUAUUGGGAGCUGUCGGAGGAUUGGCUCAUCAUCCGCUACAGGCGAGAAGUCCGAUGGACGUGGUGACGGGUGUGGGAAAAGGUAUCGUUGGAGCAUUCACGAAACCGAUCAGUGGUGCUGCGGAAUUGGUUGCCCUUACGGGACAGGGAAUGCUCCAUAGCGUGGGGUACAAUACGAUGCCUACGCCAAAGUAUUUCCAACAACCGCUUCAAAGACAGGAACCGAUCCCCUACAAGACUCUCUGGGAUCCGCAAGCUCUCUGUGAUGGAUCGCUCAUGUUCACAAUUCACGCCACAUUUGCCGGCAGGAGUCAGUACAAGCUGGUUGUCGUGGGGAUCUAUUUGAAGACGUUCGUACUGCUGGACGUCGAUAACAGCCAGCUCUUGGAGGUUCUGGAUCUGAAGACUGUGUAUCCCAGCGUAGAUGCGACUGAUCCCACCCAGGUUUUGCUGAGGAUACGGCCGGAACUGCCACCACCACCCACGGAUUACAUGUCCUAUCCCAUCUCCAGCCGAACGUACCAGUUCGUGCAGGAAUCGACCAUGCAACUGCCAAAGUUAUCCUCCUACUCACUUCCUCCGUUGGUGACGAAACCGUCUGCAGUCACCCCCAAGGUGAACCUAGCUCCAGCGCCAGCGUCCAACAACGGAAGCACUUUUGAUUCCCCGCCGGAGGAGGCCGACGACAUGACUUCCAGAAACUGCGACGACAUAGUCGUUGAAAUCGAUGACGAGGGCGAUCAAUCGCUGCUGGACGAUGUUCCCAUCAUCGAGGGGGACGGAAGCAACCGAUGUGCCGAUGACAGCGAACGCCGCCUGGUGCUCUACGUCGACGAAAAUCUGGCUCGCUAUCUCGUAAAGUAUGUCAAUCUGCUUAAGAAGAGUCAACAACCGGCCGGGACGGUUGUCUUCGGACCGUUCGACGGUAAAUAGUGGAUGGUGGGUAGGAAUAAAACUCUAUUUUAAUAUAAAAAAGAAAAGCUAUUUAUUCGGGGCAAUGCAUUUUAGUCAUUUUUAAACGGUUAUGUA